AUGAAGAUGAUCUUGAAAGAGACACCUAUGUCAAGUGGUACAAUCGAAAUCGAUGGCCAAAACAUUUUGACAUCUAAACAAUCACAAGUUGUUAUUUGUCCUCAAUUCGAUGACCAUUUGACAGAACAAUUAACAGGUCGUCAGAACAUGAAAUUCUUCUGCUACUUGUUCAACAAGACAGGUCGCGAGUCACAUGAAUUGAUCUCUCGUCUUAUUGAUAUUAUGGAUUACUCAGAUCAAGUUGACAAACAGGUUAAAAAUAUGUCCGGUGGUAACCGACGAAAGUGUUCAUCAAUGAUUCCAUUUUUGUCAGACUGCAACACAAUUCUUCUUGAUGAACCAACAUCUUCUAUGGAUCCUAUUGCUCGUCAUCGCAUGCAUGACUUGAUCAAUUCAUAUAAAGGUCAAAAAACAUUCAUGUUAUGCACACAUUUAUUAGAUGAAGCAGAAACAUUAUGUGACAACAUCUCUAUCAUGGUUAAUGGCUGCAUCUUCACCGUUGGCACUCCACAAUAUUUAUCACACAAGUUUGGUACCGAAUGGAAGAUUGAUUUGCUAACAUUUGAUUCUAAAGGAAUCAAAGAAAAAGUCAAAAAAUUCAUCAAUCAACAUCUACCUUCUGCCUUUUUGUCUCUUGAAAGGAAUGCAUCAAUGAUUUACACUGUUCCGUGUGAACACAUUUCAAUCACAGAACUAUUCCAAAUUCUGCAACGAGGUAAGGACAAUGAUAUUGGAAUCAAAUUCUUCACAUGUUCAUGCUCAACACUCGAAAAGGUUUUCAUGGAAAUUGUCAUGAAAUCAGAAACGAAAACUUCAAGUGAGAAUGAGCAGCAUGAUAAAGUCAAUACUAAUUUGAUUAUUGAUACGGAAACUAAUCCUGAAAAUAUAGUAUAA